AGUCCCCCAUGGCCCGUGAGCUGGGCAUUCCGCCGGACACAGAACACGCCACACGCACCCGGGCCUCGGCUACAGUGGAGCGAGAGUCACUGCUCCACAAGUGAGAAUACGCGCUAAUGUGGAAUGGUUUACGCUUCUUCAAGGAGCGGACUGAACUGCGAGACACGGAGGUUUAUGUCUUUUUGAGCACACAUAAAAGGAACCAUGCCCCCUGUGUGCAGGUCGUCGCCUUAAUUCUUCCCAUCUCGACUGCACUAUGGUGAUCAUGUCAGAGAGCAGUGGGGCUCAGUCCAGCUCUGCCCAAGGACGGCCACUGCAGGUGGGCUUCUACGAAAUCAUCCGCACUCUGGGAAAAGGAAAUUUUGCAGUGGUGAAGCUGGCCAAGCAUAAAGUCACCAAAACACAGGUGGCUAUAAAGAUAAUUGAUAAGACCAGACUAAAUCCAUCCAACCUGGAGAAAAUCUACAGGGAGGUGCAGAUCAUGAAGCUGCUGAACCACCCCCAUAUCAUUAAACUGUACCAGGUCAUGGAGACCAAAGACAUGCUGUACAUCGUCACAGAAUACGCAAAGAACGGAGAAAUGUUUGACCACCUCACCUCAAAUGGACGUUUAAGUGAAGACGAAGCAAGGAAGAAGUUUUGGCAAAUCCUGGCAGCCGUGGACUACUGUCACCGGCACCACAUCGUUCACCGGGACCUUAAAACUGAAAACCUAUUGCUGGAUGUCAACAUGAACAUCAAACUAGCUGAUUUUGGGUUCGGCAACUUUUACAACGCAGGGGAGCCUCUGUCAACGUGGUGUGGUAGUCCGCCUUAUGCUGCUCCAGAGGUUUUUGAAGGAAAGGAAUAUGAGGGUCCUGGACUGGACAUUUGGAGCCUUGGUGUGGUCUUGUACGUUCUUGUAUGUGGCUCUCUUCCCUUCGAUGGUCCAAGUCUGCCUGCUCUCAGACAGCGAGUAACAGAGGGGCGAUUUAGGAUUCCUUUCUUCAUGUCCCAGGACUGUGAAAACCUUAUCCGAAAAAUGUUAGUGGUAGACCCUGCCAAGAGGAUCACUGUAGCUCAGAUCAAGCAGCACCGAUGGAUGUUAGCAGAUCCCACGGUCGCCCACCAGACCCUCAGCCACCCCCUGACAGAGUACAACUCAAAUCUGGGAGACUACAGUGAACCUGUGCUCAGCAUUAUGAAUACACUGGGUAUCGACCGGCAGAGAACCAUUGAGUCUCUCCAAAGUAGCAGUUACAAUCAUUUCUCUGCCAUCUACUACCUGCUGCUUGAGCGAGUAAAAGACCACCGCAACCAGCAGCUGAGCCGUCAGUGUGGGACCUGGAGCCAGAGACCCCGGAGUACCUCAGAUUCCUCCAGCACAGAGGUGAUCAUGGAGUCCACAGACAGCUUCAGAACUGCUGCUUAUUCUGCCCCAUGCAAAUCCGCCCCAAUCUACACUCCCGAGGUGGAGAGUGAGCACGGGGGACUAUUUCAGCGUGUGGUGUUCCCGGUGGAGGCCAGUCUGAAUCGCCUUCUGUGGAAUCGGUCCAUUUCCCCCAACAGCCUCCUGGAGACGAGCAUCAGUGAGGAGGUGCGGCCCCGAGACCUGGAGGAGGAGGAGGCAUCUCAGUCUCUGGGUCCCCUGCUCCCUCCCACCACCACGUCACGCAGACACACCCUCGCUGAGGUUUCAGCUCAGUUUCAUCAGUGCAACCCUCCUUGUAUUGUGGUCAGCCCCUCAGAUGGUGCCUCCUCUGACAGCUGCCUGAAGUCAUCCUGCAGUCCCAGCACUGUGUCCCAGGCGGCAGCAGGGGGCAUGUCCUCCCUUUUGGCCUCUGGGGUAGAGAAUAGAGCCUUACUACAGACAGCAACUCCUCUGGCUCUGUCCUCUCACCUCCUCCCCCAGGCACAAGGGGGCCUCCCUGCCAGUUUCCAGGAGGGGCGCCGGGCGUCGGACACUUCUCUCACUCAAGGCCUCAAAGCUUUCCGUCAGCAGCUGAGGAAAAACACACGCACCAAAGGGCUUCUGGGAUUAAACAAGAUCAAGGGUCUGACGAGGCAGGCCGCGCCUCUACCCUCCUGCAGCCGCUGUAGCCGAGGGUCACUGGGGCCUGCUCUGACUGAGCACCGCAGCAUGCUGGAGGAGGUGCUGCACCAGCAGAGGAUGCUUCAGAUCCAACACCAACCCCACUCUCAGGUCCCAGCAACUCAGACUGGACCUACCCAGAACCCUUUGCUGUAUUUGUCCCCACAGCCGCAGUGUCCUUCCCCUCCUCCUUCAAACAUCUUUAGCACAGCGUCGAUGUUUGACGCUCCCUCCAUCCUGCCCACCCAGGCUGCACCCGUGCCCCUCCCACAGCAGCACUCUCCCUGGCAGCCCACUCUGGAGUCAUGCCACUCAGCCUGCUCCUCUCUGUCCCCUGUGGCCUCUGCUGCUUACCUCCUCGAGGCCCGUCUCCACAUCAGCCAACAGCCACACCCUCCUCUGCACCUCCAGCCCCAGCAGCCCAUCCCAACCACAACACACGCCUUUCCUCUUCGCCCCAAACCAGCCAUGUGGGGCGCACCAACAAACGUGGACCCCAACAUGCAAGAUCUGGGCUUGGCCGGACAGUCUCAGCUUAGCAGUUGUGUCAUGGUGAAGUAGCCUGAGCAGUAUGGAUGAAGAAUAAAAACGUGUGGAAAGACUUUGGACCACAUGCAGCACUCCAAUAAGAACAGGUGUUAUUUUAUAAGCUAUGGACUAAGCAAUAACCAAACCUUUGAUGGAGACACUAAACUGUAUCCAAAAAGCAAUAAUGAACUAAAUGAAGAGUUUCUCAAAGACACUGGAGAAAGAGACAGUAGCCACACAACUGCUGUACUUGUAUUACUCCAAAACAGGAAGCUACCAUCUUCCUUGUUUUAGGUACAUUUCUGAAUGUGUCUCACUUCCUGUUCUUGUUUUUCCAACAUACUGGACCAGACCAAAUAUUAUUUUUAAUUUUUUUUUCGCCUUUCUGAAGAGAUGUGUAGCAGUGCAUUGAGCGUAUAGUAUAGUGCCCUAAGCUUACACGUACCCAACCUGAAGGAGUUGAAUUGAAACUGUGAUGCUAGCUACGCAAAUUGCUGCUUUUACCUCAAGCUGCGAAAUGACUGCUACAAUCUCAUCAGCCAUAGCUAAUAUAGGAGUUAUGUAAAGUGGCUGAUUCAAGCACAACAAGGUACACUUUCAGCUUAGUAGCACCUUACCUGAAGACUUAUAGUUCAUUUUUAGACAUUUACUACCUCCUCAGGCAACACGGUAACAAAGAAAAAAGAAAAGUUAUCAGGAUAUGAACAGAACAAAGAUGGGAGCAGUGCAAUAUUUCACACUCUGUUGUGAAUCUACAUAGGACGGUCAAAGUUUCGCCUGAGGUUCCUUUUUCUAUCUGUGACUAGAAGAGGUACUGGUUAUGUAAAACAAAACAAAAAAACGGCCCUCAAGAGUUUUUAAAAUUGAAGUUUAUUUGGGUUUUACCAAAGAAAGAUAGCACAAAAGAAAGGCCAACAGUCACAGAUCACACUACUGAUGAUUUCACUUUAAAUGUUGUUUUACAUGUAGCGUAGUCAUGUGCUAGUAUUCUACACAAUCUUUCGAGCUUUGAGAAAACUCCUGCUGCCACCAAACUCCAGUUGUGUUGAAACAUUUCUAGUUGGUACUACCAAUGUUGAGGUGGUAUUACUUUUUGUACUUUUGUAGAAAAAACGAAUAAAAAAUGAAGUUAAAAAAAUCCUGUCAUAGCAAUACCAUUUUGUGCUGGAUACGUGGGUAGAAAAGGUGUCUAGAUGCUGUAUUAGAUAUCAAUAUAUAAUUUUUGGCUUGUUAGUUUAUAUGAGUCGCAUGCAAACUAUGUAUUCCUGGUUUGGGAGUCACUUCCAGCACUUGUGCCUUUCUCUGAACAAAAAGUCUGCGACUGAAGAAUCAAACAAGCAGAAGGCCCUUUUUGAUACCUUUUCUAUUUUGCUGUGUAAACAAAAGCACUUUAAUUGUGUUACAAAUUUUGUCAAACUUCAUACUUUAAACACUACGCCCUUUUGAUAUACUUUACAAUGAGAAGUAUCCAUGUUUGUGUGUUAAUGUGAGCAUAUGCAUGUCACUGUCUGCGUGUGUGUGAGUGAAGAGACAGGUCACUCAGAACUAAUGGAAACACAGCUGUUGACCUGAGAAAGAGUGUUUAUUUAUGUGGCUAUUUAUUUAAAUAAACUUCACUUCCUAAAUGUU